CCAAGGCUAUCUGUCAACGUCAGUGGUCGUAGUGCAGGUGUAAAAAAUAGAGUAAUUGAAAUAUAGAAACGACAAUCUGGUUGUUCUAGCGCAAAAUAGUAAUCAGUAUUUUCUAGUGUAGUUAUUCCGGUCAACAAAGAAAACAAUUGCAAUUAGUGUCUGUGGCUGAUUAGAAUUUCGUUUUGGGUUCGCGUCAAAAAUCCUGAUCUGGCGAUUACGUGUUUUUGUAAGAUGUUUUAAAUAACAGUGCUGAAUGGGGACUAGAGUACUAGAGCUGAUGCAUGUAAACAACCGAAAAGAGCACGUAGAAACAGCAUGAGUGGAUUCGACUGAAUUGUUAUUUAAAAAUAGAACGGUUCUGUUCGGUUUGAAUGUUGCCGUAAACAUCUCAACAAAGUUCCUACGGUUCCUUAAUCGAAGCUGGUAUGUGCUUAUCACAACGUCGUCCAUUGUCAGUACGGUAGCAGCAACUGUACAGUUUAAUGCGUCCCUGUUAGCCCAAGGAUAGCGAAGAAAAGCACGCCCGCUGAGCCUUGGAAACUAUGUUCAGCCGAGCAAAGGACAUCACACCAGUUAACAGUGCAUCUCCGGUGGUGGCCUUCGAGGCGGAUCAAGUAGUGCGUGAAUCGCAGUCAUGCAGCAAAUUCACGGCUUCGAAAUAAUGCUAGCACCGGGUCAUUCGGCGGUCCUGUGCCUGUAAGAAUUGCUGUGUUAUGUACUGCGGCUAUGUAGACGGCACCCGACACAUAGGCAGGAAGGUACUGCAUGCUGUGUCUGUAUUUCGGUCCAUUAUCAGUUGCCCGGUACCGGGCGAAUCUGCAUCCCCAACACAAACACCGAAGAUGACGUUCGUCAACGGCGAGAGAUGCGUGGCCGCCUUGAUCAUCUCGCGUUCGCUGGUCUUAUCGAAAAAAUAAACAAAAUAAAAAAAAAUACAAACUAGGAACAACCGCAAAAGAAUAUACGGACUGCCGUGUCGUUUUUGUUUAGUGUGGCCGAGGGAAGGAAGGAAAGGAAGAAAAAAAAAAAGACACUUGGAGUUGAUACUACACACUCUUCUAUACACAAGGCGCAGGAGAGGAGGAGGUUUUACGAAUCCAUCCAUAAACUGUCGAUGGCCAUGCUCCGAGCGCUCUUCACAGUUGUUCAGCGGCGUUGGACGAAUACGGACGCGAGUGAAAGUGAAAUCGCGAGUUUUGCUCAAUUUUUGAAGGGUGGUUUUUCGUGGCGCUGAUAAACUGGUUUGAAAUUUCGUGUGUACAAAUCAAUCGCGGCCCGUAUUAGUUGUAGUUUUUUUGUGUGUUACCCCUGGCUGCCGCCGCCGCCGUUGUCGUCGAUUCCGGUCGCCGCCAAGCACCAAGUCGUGCGUGAAUCAAUAAACAAGUGGAGACGUGCUCAAAUUUCAAAUGUUAUCCAAAGGCAUUAGGAAUCAAUAUUUUGCAACAAUCUGUGCAAAUCUCGCCACGCUCAUCUACGGACUGUCCAUCGGGUGGCUGUCACCGAAUGUUGCCCUACUGACGACCGAUGCUACGCCCCUCAGUUCCGGCGUAAUCAGCAUUUCCGAGGCCGGCUGGAUCGGUUCAAUCGGCACGGUAGGAUGUGUGCUGGCCGUGCUGAUAUGCGGCUGGGUGUCGGAAAUUGCCGGUCGCAAAUCGGCACUGAUGCUGAUCGGCGUGACCCAGCUGGCUAGUUGGGUUGUGGUGAUCUUUGCAAGGGAUUUAAAGAUGAUCUACACAUUCAGGAUUCUUGGUGGAUUCGCCGGAGGAGGCACGUUCUCCAUCAUACCGCUGUUUGUGUCUGAAAUCUCGGAAGAUAGAAUACGUGGAACUUUGGGGGCCAUUUUAUCCAUCACUUGUAAUCUUGGUAUAUUGUUAGGUUUUAUUUUAUGUUACUAUUUAGACUAUUACACCGUUACUUACAUCGCACUGGCAUUCUGCAUUUUAUACUCUGUUGGGUGUAUGUUCCUACCAGAAUCUCCGCAAUAUUUGUUUACCAAGGAAAAGAAAGAUAGAGCUAUAAGAUCCUUGCGCUUCUACCGAGGGGAAGCGAAAAAUGAGUCGUCGAAAUUUAUAUCGGAAGUUGCCCGAUACAAAGAUACGCCUAACGACGCAACUAAAGGUUCCACUAAACGAGUACAGCUACAUAUUAAAGAUUUGUUGAGCAAACCAACACUGAAAGGCAUUUUAAUUUGUGUCAUAGUGAUGAUGUUCCAUCCGAUGUCCGGAUCGGUUCCAUUAAUCACCUUCACCGAUAGCAUUUUCCGCGAUUCCGGCUCCGAUCUGUCACCGGCAACUUGCUCCAUGAUAGUGGCUGCCAUCAACCUGGUCGGAUCGUACGUUUCGUCGGUAACCGUAGACAAGGCGGGCCGGAAGGUCCUGCUGAUUACCUCUGCAUUGGGUUGUGCAAUAUGCUCCGCCACGAUGGGAACCUAUACAUUCCUGAAUGGAGUCGGAGUUAACCUAGAAUAUUUCAAGUGGAUCCCGGUAACCACGCUGUCCGGUCUGGUGUUCAUCAGUGCCAUCGGAGUUGCCAUCGUUCCGUUCAUCAUCAUGCCGGAGAUCUUGAAUCCGAGAGUGCGUGGGUUCGUCAUUACUUGGUGUCUGCUCGAAUUCCACACAGUCGCAUUUUUAGUGGUAAAGUUUUUCCCUACAGUCGCCGAGAGAUUCGGUCUUUCCUGGGUAAUGUGGUUCUUCUCGUGCUGCUGCAUAGCAGCGGCAACGUUUGUGAUAUUCUACGUGCCAGAGACGAAAGGUAAAAGCUUCGAAGAAAUCACGGAAUCGCUAGAUUCUGAGAAGAAAACCGUACCAAAGCGAACCUCUAUAGACGUUUAACAGUGCUAUACCAAUCAAGUCAUACCACAAUAGAAACAAAAUUAAAGAUUAUAAUUAAAACAGCCUGUAUCAUAUACAACAAACAAUGAAAAACUACGCGCAUGACAAGUUCAAAUGCUAGAAAUAAGUGGAUAAGUUGUUCGUAAGCUUUAAUUUUACGUGUAAACUUUAUUACGUUAAUAAAUGUAAGCCAUUUUUAUAACA